GUUCUGUCUGGCAAGUUGAGAGGGGAAUGUGAAAGUGAGAAUUUUAACAAGCUAACCAGGAAACGGACAACAAGGCAUCGAACCUGAUGGAGCUCCAGCAGCCGUAGCUUACACAAGCUUGUCACGCUGAGGGUUUUUCAUUUGUUUUUUAUUUUUUAAGCUGUAAGCAGAAGUGAUAAAGAGCCUCACACCAUCCACUUUUUAUAGUGGCGGUUGGAAGGUCAUUAGUGGACAGGAGAAUGAGAGAAGAGGUGUCCUGUACCAACUCCCCUGAAGGAGGGCUGGGGGCCAGUGAGGAAGAGCUGGAGAGAGGAUCGAAAAAGACCCUACAACCGGGAAAUCGAAAACGGUCACCUUAUCCUAAAAAGGACAGCCUCAAUCAGGCAGAGGAGAGCAGCACAGGCAGCCCCAGCAGCCUGCUGCCAUCUGGGCCAAAGAGGAUGAAGAAAAGCCCCUCUACGGUGGUGUCUUUGGCCCCAACAACUUUGGGCCCCAGGCCCGAGCCACCCUUCGAGGAGCUCCACUCCCAGCGUGUCAUCGCUAAUGUGCGGGAGCGUCAACGCACUCAGUCCCUGAAUGAUGCCUUUGCCUCUCUACGCAAGAUCAUUCCCACGCUACCUUCAGACAAGCUGAGCAAAAUCCAGAUCCUGAAGCUGGCCUCACGCUACAUCGACUUCCUUUACCAGGUGCUGCAGAGCGACGAGAUGGACGCCAAGCUGGCCAGCUGCAACUACCUGGCCCACGAAAGACUCAGCUACGCCUUCUCCGUCUGGAGGAUGGAGGGGGCCUGGGCCAUGUCCACCAGCCACUAGGACCCCACUGAACUUCUCUCACACACCCUUUCGUGUCCACAUCUCCCCUUCCUCCCCAGCUCUGUCUGUGUCUGCACCCAUUUCCUGACCUUUA